UCCCAUAGAGUUUCCUACAAAAACCGAAUCCUACCCAAAAGUACAGUGUACUAGAAGCCUUCUAGUCAUUCAUGCUUCUAGUAUUAUGGUGAGAAGCUCGAUGCUCUAGUCAUUGCUCUAGUACACAGUACCAAAAGCAUCCCAAAAGGCACGGCGCACAAGACCCAGGAGAGUGGAAGGGGCGGUUUUAAAGGAGGUUGGCUUGCCGAGGCUAGCGGAAUCACGUGACGCUUUAUCCUUCCUCCAUGUGUAUGUACGGCCGUCAUGUGCCAUGGCUGCUGUUGACGAUUUGAAAGCAGUCGGCGUGAUCGAGAAAGACACCAACAACGAUGUGCUGUGGACGUGGUCGUACCCGUCUUUUACGUCAGAAGAUCGUUCCCUGCUUCUGGCAAAAUGUGACUUGGAAAAUGAUAACAUGUCAAGUGAACGGCCUGUGUGGUUCCGCUACUGUCACCAUCACAGGGAUUGGUUCUACAUGUACCAGACAGAAGUUUUUGACAGCGACAAACUAAGUCGAGUUAAACUCUUCGUCCUCGUGCUGCACACCAAGGACUUCAGCCCCGAGAAGUACGAGACGCUAUCGAGAAUACUUAGCAAAGUGUAUUGCAAGACUGGAGACCCCACAGCACUGCUGCGGCUUUUUUUGUCUGUGUCCGUCAAGGGGUCAUGCACAACCGAAGAAAAUGGAACGUUUCUGUUGAGCAACUUCGAUCGGAAACGCAGCCUUACGCAGGUGCCCAUCAAAGAUAUCAUAAAAAUGUUCGGUCUGGAGACGAUAAUCAUCUACACUGCAAUCAUCUUGAAAAAGAGGGUGAUUGUCUACCAUCAUAAACUGAACAUUCUGCUCAACUAUGUCAGGGCCUUGACUGCUUUGAGCACACACAAACCGCAGUGGGAGUACUUCUUUCCUUUUAUGGAGCUGAGUCCUACUGAAGUGACUGAGCUUUCAGAGAUGCCACAUUACUUGGCAGGAUUCCGUGAUGCCAGUGUUGAAGGCCGUUUAGAACUGUAUGAUGUCUUCGUCAACUUGGCUGCGAUUGAAAUCACUGUGGCACCACAUUCAAAAGAGGCCUUCCAGAUGAGCAAGAUGCACAAGGAAAUUGCUAUGUUCAUGGUUCGACAGGCAGAUAAUGACAAUAUGUCUGACCAAGAUGUCGUGCAGGACAUUGCAGCAAAGACAGAGGAAUUGUUGCUCAACAUGAAGAGUGCCAUGGCUCCUGGCACAAGCGGCAAGUCAGUGGUCAGCUUCGCAAAGCUGCAGGGACUCAAGCUAGCGCCUGCACUUGAAAAUUUUUAUUGGAACUUGGCAGUAGCUGAAGGACUGGUGGAUGCGUAGUCAGUACAUGGAGAGGCACCAGCGUGGACCGUGCAUGUGGGCUCGUUCCUAGCACAAUAAUCUUUUGUUAAAUGUGCAGGUCAAGCUUUUAUUCUAGGAGAUAAUCUUCUGCAGAUUGUUGCUGUGACAUAACAGCAGUUGUACAUAGGAAAGGUGCUUUUUUUUUUUUUAAAUGCUAUUUAUUCAUGAUCAAUUAGAGAGAGUAAAUGGUGUUGUUUUAUGGAA